AGGUCGGUCGAACCAGAGGGUGGAACCAGCGUAAACACGCUCUGAUACGCCGGGGUCACGUGGUCUUUCAGGCUGCAUAGAGACAACCUGGAACAGCCGCGGAGAGGGCAGAUUGCGGGAGGGUGUCGUUUUCGGACUGAGAUACUGUCGAACAAAAUGGGAGUCGAGGUUGAGACAAUAACCCCAGGCGAUGGAAGGACUUUCCCCAAAAAAGGACAGACGUGUGUGGUGCAUUAUGUCGGCACCCUGACUGAUGGGCGCAAGUUUGACUCCUCUCGUGACCGUGACAAGCCCUUCAGGUUCAAGAUCGGCAAGCAGGAAGUCAUCCGCGGAUGGGAGGAGGGUGUCGUGCAGAUGAGCGUGGGUCAGAGGGCAAAGCUGACCUGCACGCCUGACUUCGCUUAUGGCAACAAGGGCCACCCUGGCAUCAUCCCCCCCAACGCCACCCUCAUCUUCGACGUAGAGCUGAUAAGCCUCGAGUGAACGCCUCUCUUCAGCCCUCAACUACUUUUGUUUGUAUUUUUUG